AUGACUGCUAUCGAACAGCUCCUGGAGCUAUCCCUCAGCGACGCUCCCAAUGCUCAGUCCACUCCCUCUCCUGCUCCAUCCAAGACCCCUGUCAAUGGCUCUGCCUCGGAAACGAAAGGCUCUCUUCUUUUGGCCUGGCAGGUCAGAGACAAACACUGUUUGGUGAUCGGUUCUGGAGAAGUCGCCUUGAGCAGAAUCCUCCAUCUCAUCCGUGCACAAGCCAAGAUCACGGUUGUGGCUGGCUCCAGAGAUAUUCAUCCUGAAAUCGUCGCUUUGCAUGAAAAGAGACAGCUUUUCAAGCUCAUUCGUCGUGAGUACCAGACGCCAGACUUGACCAUCUACGAGAACAUCCACCACACCAUUGCCGAUAUUGAUACGAUUGGACCCGAAAACUACGCUCAGAUCGACCACCAGGUCAAGAACGAGACGUUUGCCAUCGUUUGCUGCUGCAUCGAUGACUACGAGUUGUCCACCAAUAUCUACUACCAGUGCAAGUACUUGCGAUUGCCAGUCAACAUCGCCGAUAAACCACCCAUGUGUGACUUCUACUUCGGGUCGAUGUUCAACCAAGAAAACCUCCAGAUCAUGAUCUCCACCAACGGAAAGUCGCCACGGUUGUCCAAAUUGAUCAAGGAUAACAUCGCCAAAGAGUUCGAGGGCAUCGACUUGAACCAUGCAGUGGAGAACUUGGGGCUCAUCCGGUCCAGACUCCGCGAAACCAUCGUGAUAGACGAUGAUUUGGUGAGCAUCGACACCAGAAUGAACUGGAUCAAGACCUUGACGGAUUUCUUCAGUUUGAAGCAGUGGAGCGAAGUCGAUUUGAUUCCCGCCAGCUCGGCUCCGCCCUACGACAACAGGUUCAGAUACGUGGACAAUAUCAUCAAGUACUUCCCAGACUUCCCACCCAAAGACUACGACGAGUUCGUCAAGGUAGUGUGUGAGAAGUAG